CUCUCUGGGCCCCACUUCCUCUUGAGGCCGUCGUACAGUCCAGUUAAUGUCUAGGAGCCCGCCUACGGAGGCCAUAGGGCCGACCCUCGCUCCCCGCCCAGGACCCGACCGAACCUGGAGAGCGGAUGUCAGCCGCGGGCGAAGCGCCAGGACAGGAAGGGCCACCGGGCCUCUCAGGAUCAGCCUUCAUCGCCACUGUUCUCACCUCUUUGUCCGCCGCCUUCUCCUCAAUGCCUAGCAGCGCGUACAGCCUGCCCUUCUCCAGGUCGCUUGAGUUUGAUUACCACACUUCCUCCUGCCUCCGGGGCACCAUGGCAAAGGCUAGUUGUCCUGUCCUUAUCACAGACCUGCCAGAUUGCUCCAGUAAACCGCAGUACGGCUGUAAGAAUUGUGGCAGGGCCUUCUGUUCAGGCUGCCUAAGCUUCAGUGCAGCAGUGCCUCGGACUGGGAACACCCAACAGAAAGUCUGCAAGCAGUGCCAUGAGAUCCUGACCAGAGGAUCUUCUCCUGCCAAUGCCUCCAAGUGGUCACCACCUCAGAACUAUAAGAAGCGUGUGGCAGCCUUGGAAGCCAAACAGAAGUCCGGCACUUCCCAGAGCCGGGGACUGACACAACAAGACCAGAUCAUUGCUGAGCGCCUAGCACGACUCCGCCAGGAGAACAAGCCCAAGUUAGUCCCCUCACAGGCAGAGAUAGAGGCACGACUGGCUGCGCUAAAGGAUGAACGUCAGGGUUCCAUCCCUUCCACCCAGGAAAUGGAGGCCCGGCUUGCGGCAUUGCAGGGCAGAGUUCCACCUUCUCAAACCCCCCAGCUGGCACAUCACACACCAGACACCAGGACUCAAGCCCAGCAGACACAGGAUCUGCUAACGCAGCUGGCAGCUGAGGUGGCUAUCGAUGAAAGCUGGAAAGGAGGCGGCCCAGCUGCUUCUCUCCAGAAUGACCUCAACCAGGGUGGCCCAGGGAGCACUAAUUCCAAGGGGCCAGCCAGCUGGUCCCUGGAGGAAGAGAAGAGCAGAUUGCUGGCUGAGGCAGCACUUGAGUUGCGGGAGGAGAACACGAGGCAGGAACGGAUCCUGGCCCUGGCCAAGCGACUGGCCGUGCUGCGGGGACAGGACCCCGAGAGAGUCACCCUCCAGGACUAUCGCCUCCCAGACAGUGAUGAUGAUGAGGAUGAAGAGACAGCCAUCCAGAGAGUCCUGCAGCAGCUCACUGAAGAAGCUGCCCUGGACGAGGCAAGUGGCUUUAACAUCCCUGUGGAGCCGGCUUCUCAACCCCGGACCCAACCCUGCGGGGUAGAGCCUGAGGCCCAGGAUGUAGACCUCAGGCCUGAGGCUGAGGAAGAGGAGCUCCCCUGGUGCUGCAUCUGCAAUGAGGAUGCUUCCCUGCGCUGUGCUGGCUGCGAUGGUGACCUCUUCUGUGCCCGCUGCUUCCGGGAAGGCCAUGAUGCUUUUGAGCUUAAAGAGCACCAGACAUCUGCCUAUUGCCCUCCGCGUGCAGGCCGAGAGCACUGAUGACACCCUGGUUCUCCCGGAAAGGCAGUCCCACAGCAGGCAGCACUGGUUUCUGGGCCCAGCCACAGGAUGUCCAAUGGGAGAGCUCUGGCUCUACUGAUGAUGGAUAGGCCCCUUCAUGAGACUUGGUUUUCCUGGAAUGAAGAAAGAUUCUCCAUUCGAGAGGAUGACUAGGAGGGCCAAGGGAAGAAGUAGAGGCCCUCCUACUAGAAGCCCAGAUUAGAAGUGAGAGGCAUGAUGGGGAGAGACCAGACUGAAUCUACAGGUGAGCCCUGUAACCUGACUCUAGGGCACAGGGCUCUCCCUUGACACUUAGUGGACCUAAUAAAGUAUAUUGAUUCAUUGGA